AUGGAAAUUGUGGCAAAGGAGAACAAAGUUACAGUGAUGGAUCAUGUGAGAGGUACUGUGAAUACAGAGGAAGUUGAAGAUCCAAUGGUGAUUCCUAGAAGAAUCUCAGAGACAUGGAAACCUCAAUUGAUUGAUGAUCUUCCUGAUGCUUUUUGGGAACAAGAUUGUGAACAGAUCAGACCACUAGCAGGAACUGCUAGACGGGGAAAGAGUUUCGAAGAGGAUCAAAUGCUGGAGAAGAAACUAUUAAAAGACGAAAAGCAAUGUGCGGAACGCAUCAUGCUCGUUGAUUUGGGUCGUAACGAUGUUGGAAAUGUUAGUCGGCUUCUCAGGAUCAAAUAUGGUGUAUUCUUGGUGUCGAAGAAUGGCUCGGUGAAGGUGGAAAGGCUCAUGGAUAUAGAGCGUUAUUCCCAUGUCAUGCAUAUCAGCUCAACGGUGACUGGAGAGUUACAAGAGAAUCUGACUUGUUGGGACGCUUCGUGCGGCUUUACCAGUUGGAACCGUUAG